UCCACGCCCCAUACCGGAAGUGUUCGCACACAUGGCACUGAGCUGCUGACUCACUUGCUACAACAUGGCCGCCGUGAACGGUUCGCAAACCGUGUCUGAUGUAGAAGUCUGUAACCUGGCCUUCCAAGGCAACGCUGGCCGUCUGAAGGAGAAAAUCACGGAGAACAGAAACUUGGUGAACGUUACAGACCAGGACCGACGCAUCCCUCUUCACUGGGCGGCGUCCGCGGGGCAGAAAGAGGUGGUCGACUUGCUGUUGGAAUAUCAAGCCGACGUCCAGGCUCGAGACGAUGUCAACUGGACGCCUCUACACAUCGCAGCCUCUGCUGGUCACCGGGAUAUCUGCACGGCUUUCAUCGCACACGGGGCGCAAGUCAACGCCGUCAACAACACCGGACAGACUCCACUGCACUACGCCUCCUCACGCAACAGGAUUGAGAUCGCCGACAGCUUGCUGACCCAAGGCGCUGACCCCAACGCUGCUGACCAGUACGGGGCAACGCCACUUCACCGUGCAGCGUCCAGAGGGAACGUGAGAGUUCUGACCAUGCUGCUUGACCAUCAGGGUCAGGUCAAUGCCAAGGAUGGCCAAGGAAACACCCCCUUGCACCUAGCGUGCGAAGAGAACUUGCCCGAGGUCGCCAAGUUGCUGGUUGAGAACCACGCGAGUCUUCACGUCAAGAACAAAGAGGAGCGCACCCCUCUGGAUCUCGCAGAAAAGUCUUUUGGAAGGUUGCUAGAAAGAAUGAGUAAUGAACAAUAGGAACUUGUUGCCAUACUAGUCCCGGAUUUUUGCCAUCGCAUUGAACUUGUUUACAUCAAUUUGGCAAUUAGACUGGUGUUUCAAUAUUUGUUAUCAUUCCCUUCUGUAUUGAAGUUCACGUUAUAUGAUUCUUCUUUCAUACAGUAUAAUUCCAAUCAAACUGUUCCGACAUGGGUAGCAAACAUGUAACGUUAACUAGUUACAAUGUAGAUUAUCAAAGUGGCAAACAAAGAAAACAACAACAACAUGUUAAGCUACUAGAAGCAAAUGGCCAGCAACUCUACAUCUACAUCACAGCAAAGAAAUAAGGUUCAUUUCUGUAUCGAGAAGCCUUUUGAUUAUCUAACGUUACCCUCUGGAUGCAAAGAUGGGAUGCAAUAAAUGAGUUUGAUCUUA